UUCCUAUUUGUUUGUAUUUUGAUCCCGUGCCGCAACGCGCCGAACGAGAUGCCACGAGAUGAAAACAUGGCGGACAACGACAGUCAGUACCCGUUACACGAAAAUGUAUUUCGCGGGGACGUCCGCCGUGUCUCUGCCCUCCUCAGAACGCACGACGUCGCGCAGAAAGACGUUCACGGAAACACGCCCCUUCAUUUGGCAGUUAUGCUUGGUCAAAAAGAAUGCGUACAGCUACUUCUGGCCCACAAUGCUCCUGUGAAAGUGAAGAACUUUCAAGGAUGGAACUGUCUAGCAGAAGCCAUCAGCUAUGGAGACCGGCAAACAAUACUUUCCUUAUUACGGAAGUUGAAGCAGCAGUCGAGGGAAGCGAUGGACUUCCGGAGGCCGGACUUAAUACACAUUCUCAACCGCAUGGGGGACUUCUACAUGGAGCUCAAGUGGGAUUUUCAAAGUUGGAUACCGCUAGUGUCUAGGAUUUUGCCAUCUGACAUCUGCAAAAUACACAAGAAGGGGUCUAAUAUUAGAUUGGACACAACACUUGUCGACUUCAACGACAUGAAAUGGGAGCGAGGAGACAUUACCUUUCUCUUUACGGGGAACGACAAGCCUUCCAAGUCUCUAACGGUCUUGGACAACAACCUCAGGGUCUAUCAAAACGUCCGCUACGAAGACACGGAAGCCGAGAUCGAAGACGAAGUGGACAUCCUCAUGAGCAGUGACAUCGUUGCCGCUCAGAUCUCGACCAAGACGGUCACUUUCCAGAGGGCGCAGUCCGGGUGGCUCGUGCGCGAAAACAAGACGGAAAUGGUUGGAAGGUUUCUAUCCGACUUUUACUACAUCAACGGGCUUACCUUUGAGUCCAGGAAAAGGAGGGAACAUCUUACCGAGGAGGACCUUCACAAGAACAAAGCAAUAAUUGAGAGCUUCACAAGGGGCAAUGCCCUCAGCCUUGAAAAUGCAGAGGCCCAGCGGAGAAAGUCAUUGGUGCCACCGCCCACCAAGAAAGUCACGUUUGAGGACUACAUCUCGGCCAGUCCUGGUCACCCUCCCGUCCUCGGUCGCUCGGCCAUUAGCAAGACCACCACCAAGGUGUUCAAGGCCACACUGGCAAUGAGUCAGCACUUCCCGCUUUCAGUGAAUGCGCUCUUGAAUGUCCUCGAGGUCAUAGCUCCAUUCAAACACUUCAACAAGCUCAGGGAGUUUGUACAGAUGAAACUGCCCCCUGGUUUCCCAGUCAAGAUAGACAUCCCAAUCCUGCCGACGGUGACGGCACGCAUCACGUUCCAAGACUUCGAGCUGCGGGACAACAUAGACGAGGCCCUGUUCGAGAUCCCGACGGACUAUCGGGAAGACCGCAACCGCUUCCCGGACUUAUGAUGCCUGGACGACCUGCUCCUCGUGUCGCUCGAAGAGAGGCGCCGCGUCACGCUCGCCCGCCGCCCCAGGCUCUUCGCUUCUUCCUCCUCCCGUGUCUCCUGUCGGGGGCCGCUGUGCAUCGAGGUCGUUGCCCUCGACCUCCCCGUGACCUUGGGACACGGCAGCUCCUUCUCGUCGACCCUCUCCGUCGUGUUCGACGUCUGACGUCGGGACGCUUUGACGGCGCACCGAUGAGGCUUUUCGCGUCGUCUUUACGUGGCACUAAUUUGAUCCGUGCGUUCCGAGGAACCUACAGGGUCGGGGAGAGAUACUGGAACCUUGUUUUUCGACUUGCGUAGGCUAACCAUCCGUCGCGUAAAGCCGAAACUCCGUGUCAGUAUGACGCAAGCGGUGGGAAUCGAAUGUGGGAAGUUUGAGAAUGUGACAUUGUUUGUAUCAGACGAUUGAACGGAAAAACAAAAGUUUCUUUACGCCCUGGCGUCACCCUGGGCCUAACAUUCAUCAAACCAAAAACUGAUAUUGUGGGUGUGUGUGGCAUCUAUUUCAUUGAAAAAAAAACUUGUCUGCAAGAGAGACAAUAUUGUUAUUUUCUUCUUGCUUACAAGGUUUUGUCACUGAAAUAAAUACCACAGGCAUACAAAAUGUCUUUUCUUUUUGUGGAACGAAUAUUAGGCCUUGAGUAACGGCAGCACCUAGAGAAAUUUUGUGUUUUUGUUUUAUGGUUUUCACAACACCACAUUGUCAUUUUUUUGCAUUUUAUCACCAUUGCCAGCAUCAUAUUCACAGGGAGUUCCAGCUUUCAGCGAUUCAUUGUUUAUUUAUGCGAGCCGAAAGGCAGAGUUUUAGUUUCUCUAUUAAACCCGUAGAAACCUGAAGUUUGCUGUCUUACGUGCCCCACUUCGAUAUAAAAAGAUGGACUGAAAGCAGGAGUUUCGAUGAGAGUGUUGCAGGGUAAAAUAGGAGCUAGAAAAUGCAGAGUGUCCUGAAAAGUCUGGAAACCAACUUCGAACAUUUCUUGCAACGAAGUGGGAUGGGCACGACAACAAUAUUGGAUUUCUAGAACCUCUGGCACAUCUGGAUCAAAUUAAAGGCAUAAAGACCACGCGGAAAACCUCUUUAGUGCACCCCGAGUGGUUUCGACUGCGGUCUGACUCGAAACUUUCUGAAAGUUGGUUAUGUUCUCUGGGCAGAAGGCUAAAACAUGCUGCCGGUUUUGAUAGGUUUUCCGGCAACACUAAAAGUGACGUUGCAUUUUCUGAAUGAGAGGCUCAGGUGACAUUCUUUACGGCCCAGCCCUCCAAGCUUUUGCAGCGACCGUUUGUUGUGGGAAAAGAAAAGAAUGUUUUGGAAGAGACUUCACGACUUAACGUCGUGGCUUUACCGUGUCGUGAUCUCGUGCAGGAAAGUGGGGUGGAAAGCCGCAAAAAAAUGUUUGAGAUAUCUGUUGUGCCUGUCGUUAUUGUUCAAAUCAGCUUUAGUGGUUUCGCAGCCCACCUUGAACAUUAAGUUGAUUGCAAGUUGGUGUCUGCGCUGCCUGGUUUCCAAGGUUAGAAUUCGCGGGCGUCAAGCCGCGUCCACGUUCAGAAAGCUGGCAUCUUGUGGUCUGAUGUAAGGCUACCGGAUAGAAUCUGGCAAAUGGAGAAAACGCCCGGGCAUUUUAAGUUUGUAAUGGGGCAGAAAGAUUGCACAGUUUGACUUCGUGAUCUUUGGAUUGCACACAAGUAAUUUAAGGGCUGGCCUGUGAAAUAGGCUAACAAACCAUUGUGUGGCACUUGUGCAAUUUGGUGGCCUCGUAAUAUGGCAUUGCGAUGCUACACUUAGCCGGUGCUCAAAUAUCUCUAGAUUUGUUCUAACGAUGUAGCGUUUGAUGGGUACAGCAAACUCUUCUCUUUCUUUGGCAUGGCGCCUUUUGUUUGAGUAACAUUAACACUCGACACUGACUCAUUGAUACUGGAGUGCGAUUCUCAUGGCAACAAGAAUUGCCGACCCACCAAACAAGCAAACUAAAGAAUUUCGAUUUAUACGAGGGUAAAAAGUGCAAGCCUUCAUGAUACGCAGCCUCAAUCGAAAUUUAAAGGCAACUGCUACCACCAUAUUUUUUUUGCUAGCUUUGUUAGUUGACGAGCAUCUCCAAGGUUUGACAUAGCACGGCAGAGAACAUCUCUCUUGAACAAACAGUAUUUGCAGACAAGGUUCAGUAACUUUGUAUCGUGUAGCAAAGGUAGACUUUUCUCUGGUUUUGAGGACCCCAUUUUGUGGUAUAUAACACAGGCACAUUCUUACCAAACGCACAGCGUAGAAGUGAAGCAAUUGAAUCCCCGCGCAUCGGGUUUCUAAGUGCGACCUACCUAUCGUUUUGCUGUUACGUAAAACUGGGAAAAAAAAGGGUUGGGCAUGGCCGCACACGGAAGGCUUAGAACCGCAUUCUUGUUGCUUGAAACCGAAUGUUGAGAAAGAUAUCAGAAAGAGAAAGGGCACUUCCACCUACCUUUUCAGUUGUCCUCGCCUUCCCGAACAAACUCCGUGCCACCAAAAACGAUCCGUUCCCACACGUGCGAUAACUGCCACCGUCUCGAUACCUGCCCACGUGUCUUUGGGGGAGAAUGGUUUUCAUUAGCAUUCAUUCACUUAUGCAAUACGCAUAGCUAGGUCGAUACCUCAUGUCCUCUUCUUUGCGACUUGCGACGACAUUUCCAAGUUUCUUCCGGCUGUCUCUUCGACGCCAAGACUUGAAAGUACAGCAAUGUUUGCAACGUUUACCGCUUUGAAUACCCCUUGCAUAAGGCUCCUGAAUAUGCUUUUUAGUGUAUAGAUAUAUCUAUAAUUAUAUAUAUAUAUUAUAUACAUACAGGUCUCUUUUUAUGCUAAGUUUCUUACCUGGUUUACGGUAUAUUUUUACAUUGUUCGGAUCACUGUAUGCUGGUCCUUGAUUGUGGGGCUUGCGGGAGAGUGGUCUGGACGUUGCUCAGACUUUAGGUUGGGUGUCGUUAUUUACGGCUGGCUGUCGCGUAAUGUUUGAGUGGAAUUAAAUGUAAGUAGUUAAGUGGCACUUGCUUGAGAGAAGUCUGGAUUCCUGAAGCAGCACUUAUCAUGAAAGCUCAUUACUGCUUGAAUGUAUGCUCGCUAUACAGAUGGUUUGUUUCUCCUGUAAGUGUUUGGACAGUGAGGGUUUUGCUUGAUCUCUUUCUCACAUUAGUGUUUGGGUCCCUUUUCAUUUUCACUUUGGGAUCUGAGAGUUGUAAUAUUUUUUCCUCGAUAAAAGUUGUAAAGAGUCUCCUCUAAGUUUGUCACCAAUAGCUACACAGUUUUAGAAGACAGUUCCUUCAUCUAGUCUAGAAUAAAAUAAACUCAGUAUUCUAUAUAGUGUGAUAGGCAUUUACAAAAAUUUAAAAGUGCUGUUUGUAUUAGAUUAUGUUUUUGUGCUCUGUGAGCUCGCAGACUGGUUUCCGCUUUUGUCUUUUUUGCAUGAACUUUGUUGUUGGUUAGCAUCAGCAUGUUUUUUAGUGGCAAGUGACAAGAGCCUACAGCCUACUUCAUUCCAAAAUUAUUCUGCAGGGUCAGUUAUUCUAGCUUCAUUUCCCAUCAUUCAUUUAUAUGGCUUGUGCUUCUAACCAGUAACCAGCCUCGUUUCCUCAGCCAUAACUUUUUCACUCCCCACGUUGCAUAAAGAAUGCCUCUAAAAUCGCCCCAUUAAGACUGAGUGAAAUCGUUGAGACCUGGAUGUUUUCCAGUAAGAGCUUGGAAAAGUCUGGUUCGUAAACAAAACAGGAAAAAGAAAACGAAAAAAGUGGAAAGCAAGCAAAAAGGAAAAAAAAAAGUUGUGUGGUGGCAUAUUGGUGGUUGUUGUGUAUAUGUGUGUAUGUGCUGGUGUUGUGGUGUUGUACAAAGUUGUAAUAUAUUUAAGACGAGAAAAAAAGAAUAUGCAAAUAUAGCACUACUUCUACCGCCAAGUGACAACAAACAACAACAACAACAAAAAAAAAGACAAAGCAAAACUUCUAAAGAAGGCCUACUAGAGAGAAAUUGUUUAUUUUGUGAGACAAUACACCUACCUUGCAAAGUCCAACCCCAUAGUGUGAUGUUCUUUUCUGGGUAUUGAAGUAUGUAGGGUUGUCGGGUGUAGUCUAGAUAUAUUCUAUUUUUUGAAUUGUGAGCGUAGUAGAUGCCGGUUUGAAUAGCUUCAUGUGUCGAGGUGGUGUAGCAUUCCCCAAAGCACUUUCUUGUUCGUACCAUUGAUUAAGGAAAUCACAAACUUUUUUUGUAGAACCUCGAGAUUCGAUUGGUUUGGCGAACCUUCCAUCUUUUCGCAAAGUUUGACAAAGUUCGACUUGUGCACAGUGUUGCCCGACUUUUACAUAAAUUUGAAAUUUCGGGUAACAAAUCAUUUAUAUUUUUUAAAUUGAUUGUACACUAUAAUAGUAAACAUGUGUACUCCUAAUGCUUAAGUUAGCUUAUUAAUGUGAAACAAUAUACUCAAUAAAUAUCGCGUCUGAUCGUUUCCAGUUCCUGCGCAUGUGCUCUAAAAACUAACUGGUCGAACCUUGGUCGAACUUUGCGUCAGAAGUUAGAAAAAGUCGAACCUGGUUGGAUUUCGAAUUUUUGCAGGUUUGCAACACAUGCGGAGUGCAAGUCGUCUGCUUCUUGUGCAAGGGUUGCGGUGACAUCAGAAUGACGCCGACUUCUGAUUGACUUUGAUUGGAAGGAUGGUGGGCAGACCUCAAUGCUAGGUGGCUAGAGGUCUACCCACUAUUUUUUUCAAUCUGCCAAUAAGAGCUCGGCGUUCUGACAUCAUUGCAUUACUAUUCCGCAUUAAUAUGUGCAUCCGCAUUACUAUUGAUCAACGUCGGGGAUUCAAGAACGUAUAUUGAGGCGUGUAUUUUUGUUUUGGGAUUGGUGUUGUGCUUGAUUUCCACUUGAUGAUAAUUUUUUUUCUUAUGCUUACCGGUUACCGCACCGCUGUGGUUGUGGACCGAAAGUGUGUUAAGAAGCGGCAACAUUCUUUGUUAAUUUUCUUCCUUUUCUUUUUUUUUUUUUUACAGUUGGGGUUGCUUAAGCGAAUUUAGAAUUUGUAAAUAAGCACGCGUUGACAAAUUACUCCGACAUUGCAAUAAAGCCACUGUCGUUUUGAGUGA